GGUUCGAGCCCACCCAGGGACGUAGCUUUUACGUGUUUUUCUUAGAUUUUUCUGAAGCGCGCCUCCCUGUCUCGUCACUGUUUUAUUGGUGGAAAAAAUACCAUGUGCAUUUUUGUUUUAAAAAAAAAAGCAGUGUUGGGAAAGUUCAUUUUCUCCACGAAUUAGUUCAAAGCUAAGUUCACAUGCUUUAAAAUGAAUUUGUUCAGAAUGAAAAACAUUGCUAUUGGUCUUUUACUUAAUCUUACCAGACAACAAAUAAGAAUAUUAAACGGCAUUUCAAUUUUGGUAUUUCUAUAUCAAAAUUAUUUAACGAGGCGUUUUCCUACUUUUAAUAACGGCCUCAAAAUGUAGUAUCCAAUGACCAAAUGAGAUGCAAAUCCCGGGUGGGUCCAUUUUGAUUUUUGUACUCUUUUAAGAGUCUUUUAAGAGCAAAUGGGGUCUACCGACGAUAUGAAUUCUGCUUUCUAUCGUCGUCAUAAAGCUGCAGUUCUUGCUGCUUGCAGUAGGUGUCGCUCAUCAGCGCGUGAAGCCCGACGAGUGAAGAGAGAGCAGUGAGAGGCUGUCAAGUUGAGCAGAUCACCCAGCCAGCACUGAGGCUCAGGACGGAGCUUGUGGGGAAGCGAAAGAGAUAGGUUUCAUAUCACAGUGCCACAGCAGCGACCUCCUGAAUUCUCCAAGGACAGCAGGAAGAAAGCACCUUUAGUCGUGGAUAGAAAGUGGAGACUGAGAGACAGACUCAUCAGUUACAAUAACGACAUGGGAAAAGAAACGUCCAACACUUUAUAAGAUGUAUCCUCAUCAUAGAGAAAGAGAGCAGCCGAUCUUCAGCACGCGGGCUCACGUCUUCCAGAUCGACCCGGCCACUAAGAGGAACUGGAUCCCGGCAAGCAAGCAUGCGGUCAGCGUGUCUUUCUUCUUUGACUCUAAUCGGAAUGUCUACCGCAUCAUCAGCGUGGGUGGCACCAAGGCAAUUAUCAACUGCAUUGUUACACCCAGCAUGACAUUUACAAAGACAUCACAGAAGUUUGGUCAGUGGGCUGACAGCAGGGCCAACACGGUCUACGGUUUGGGCUUUGCGACAGAGCAACAGCUGCAGCAGUUCUCGGAGAAGUUUAAAGAUGUGAAAGAUGCAGCUCGUUUGGCUCGUGAAAAGUCCCAAGAUAAAGAACUGGCAAAUACAGCCCUCAACAUCGCUGCACCGCAGGACCUCUCCGAUGACCUCCAGUCCCCUCCAGUCAUGUGUGUGAACGGGCCUGAGGACAAGCUGUAUCGCAGUCAAAGCGCAGACAUCACGCUGUCCUCUGAAAAGGAGCGCAUCAAGAAGAUGCUCUCUGAGGGGUCUAUUUGCGAGUUGAACCUGGAGACGGAGUUCUUCACGCUACAAGACAGUAACUCUAAAUUAGUGGCGGCGUUGCACGAGGCUAAUGCUAACGUGGCGCAGUGGAAGAAGCAGCUGGUUGCUUAUCAAGAGGAAACCGAAAGGCUCAGAGAACAAGUGGCUGACCUGGAGGCCCACGGGGGUCACGGCCCCAGUGACCUGUUGAAGGAUGAGCUGACUCAGUCUCUAGAGGAACUGGAGGCUCUGUUGAAGGCCAAAGAUGAGGAAAUCCACAUUUUGCAAAGCAAGAAAACAGACUAUCAUGAGAUAGAGCGGGACAGAGAUCAGGCUAUACACAGAUUACGGGAAGUGGAGAUGCGUAAUUCCGAGCUAGAGCGCCGCAUCCAGAACACGGAGCAGAACUUGAGCAUCUCUCUGGAGGACCGAGACCGCAUUGACACUGAGCUCCAGAGGGCCAUCGAAAUUCUAGACAUCAAGAUCUUUGACCUCAAUGACCUCCGGCAGAGCCUGGUUAAACUCCUGGACAAAUAAAACGUGAAAAUGCGGAAGUAAAUAAAUAAAGUUCACCGUUGGGACGAUGGAACCCGCCCACAGUUGCGUCUGGAGCACAAGAAGCAUCUUCUCUGUCGGCAUUUAACAUGCUUUUACUUGUCUGCUAAUGUAGCGCUUCAUGUUGCUUAGCAGGGAAACAAUGCAAUAACUUCAAGGUAACUGCUUAUGAGUGCAGAGUGCAAGAUGUUUAUUAAGGACAAUUGGUGCUCGGUUUUUCAUUGAGUAUGACCAUUGAAAUUGAAAUGGCAUAUUAUGAUAAGAGGCCUUGUAUUAUAUAAACUGCCUUGUUAAAGAUUCUGCAAACAAAACAAGAACCAUUUAAUACUGCAUUAACAGCCACAAAACAUAAUGCAGAUGAGUAACUCGCUAUGCACUACAUAGCAGCGGUAAAACGAGUGAGUGAAUUAGGUCACAUUCUUUAAGGUCGAGUAAGAGAAAAAGAAGUCCGCUAUAUUAUUUAAUAUUGUAUUUGGUGAGGCACAGAUGAAUAAAGACACCAAAGAUCAAUGUUUUAUCAACAUUGCUGUUAAGGAAUGAUAGAAGCCUGCUCUUCUGUGCUGACGCACAAUUAGAGAAAUGAAGUACGCAUUAAUAGAAAGAAUAAAAUAUAGACGUAAAUGAUGCAAUUUGCAAUGCCAUAUAGUGCAGCCAUACUUUAAACUUUUUAUUCAUAAAAACUUUGUGUUUAUGAAUAACGAUAAACUUACAGUGCUUGUGAAAAUGCCACAUCUGAAUGGACCUCUGCUGUGAUGCAUUCAAGGACAUUUGGUACACUUCAGGCCUUUCUUGAUGUUACCUCCAUCUGUGGACAAAAUGACAUUUGCCUGCUCAACAGUGGAAAUACAAUGUAUUUUUCUCAAGCUUAUUUUUAUCAUGUUCUUUCAAGCCUUACUGUUGAAACUUUUAAGGGUUGUUGUGGAAAGUAAUGGUGGCUGUUUCACAGCUGUUGUGAAGGAAAAUAAAAGCAAAGAAUACUAACAAA